GGCUGUAAAUCUCCUCCAUUCCGCAAAACAGCAAUUCCACGGCCGCGCUUUGCAGGUUCCGUAUUUCCCAGGCACAGGUCGAGGAAAUGGCCCGUUCUUCUCUGCGAGCAGGAAUUAGCUAAACUGCAGGGCAUAUGAUUCAACCUUAAGAACACAUUUAUUCGAAACAAUCGGGCACCAUUUGUGCGCUUUGAAAUGGCAUAGCGCAAUAAUUGGACUGAUCUUAACCAUCGAAGGUGAUAGAUGCUUCCCCCAAUGUUUACGGAUUUGACGUGUUACCUUACAUCACUGGCCUCGGAAUGAAUCAUCGUUAGAACACGGAUGCUGCGUGAUUCGCUGUACCAUCGCACUUUUUGUUUAAAAUACAAGGUUUCAAACAUUGCUUCUGAAGAUGGAGGAAACAUUACGAAAGCUACAGAAGGACGCGUCUGGGAAUAAAUAUAAAGCUAUAAGAGAUGCGUGUACUUCAGCCCGUGAAACCCUCGAGGCUCAGAAUGGAUCUGCUAAGAUUCAGCCGUCUCAGCUCAGAGAGCGAUGCUUACUUCCUCUUCGCCUGGCUCUGGAGUCCAAAAGCACCAAGCUGGCCCAGACCGCUCUCACAGGGAUGCAGAAGAUGCUGUGUGAGGACCGGUUCGUCACCACGGAGACGGAGGCUGCGGAGAAGCAGCUCUUGUGUCAGGUGCUGAAGGCAGUGCGGGUCACGCCCACCCUGCACGAGGACCUGCAGGUGGAGGUGAUGAAGGUCCUGCUCUGCAUCACCUACACCCCCACCUUCCAGAUCAACGGCGAGUCCAUCCUGCGCAUCGCCGAGGUGUGUAUCGAGACGUACAUGAGCAGUUGUCACCAGCGCAGUAUUAACACGGCGGUGCGAGCCACGCUCAGCCAGAUGCUGGGGGAUCUCACGCUGCAGCUGCGCAACAGACAGGAGAACGCGGCUCUGGAUGCAGAGGAUGGGGCCAUGGCCACUCUCCAUCGCAAAGACAUCUCCCCCACCAGCGAGGCCCUGAGCGAGGACAUCGUCAACGUGCUCAUCGUCUUCUGCGAGAAGCUGGAGGGCGUGGCCAGUGAGAAUCAGCUGCUCCAGCUGCUGUAUCUCGAGUGCAUCUUGUCCAUCCUCAGCAGCUGCCCUCCCACAAUGCACCUCAACAGAGGCUUCACAGAUCUGAUAUGGAAGCAGCUGUGUCCGUCACUGGUGGCCAUCAUGGGGAACCCCAUGAACGACAAGACCAUCACCUCAGCCUGGGCCCACGGGGCGGGGUCGUGGCCCGACGCCGUCUCUCCCUCGGCGGGGGUGUCCGACCAGGGCAGGGGGUCGGGCUGCUCCUCCAGCGCCCCCGCCCUGAUCGGGCCCGUGGCCCGGACCGUGUGCUACGCGGCGGCAGAGCUGGUGCGUCUGGUGGGCCAGGUGGAGUCCAUGAAGCCCGUGCUCCAGUCACUUUACCACCGCAUCCUGCUGUACCCCCCGCCCCAGCACCGCGUGGAGGCCAUCCGCACCAUGAAGGAGAUCCUGGGCAGCCCCGAGCGCCUUUUUGACCUGGCAGGCCCGUGUGUCACCGAACCAGAGUCCAGGAAGCGCUCCUUCUCCAAGAGGAAGUCCCACCUCGACCUGCUAAAGCUGGUGAUGGACGGCAUGACCGAGGCCUGUAUGAAGGGGGGGAUCGAGGCCUGCUUCUCGUCCGUGUCGUGCGUCUGUGCCCUGCUGGGGGCGCUGGAGGAGCUGAGCCAGGGCCGGGGGCUGCAGCCGGAGCAGGCUCGGACCCUCCUGCGCCGGCUGGACGAGCUGAAGGAGGGGGCCGAGUCCGCGCGCGAGUCCAUGGAGGUCAACGAGGCCGACUUCCGCUGGCAGCGCCACCUCCUGUCGUCGGAGCACGGCCCCUGGGACCCGCUGGCCGCCGACCGCAGCCCCGACAUCAGCAUCAGCGUCACCACGGACACGGGCCAGACCACGCUGGAGGGGGAGCUGGGCCAGACCACGCCGGAGGAGUGCGGGGAGGAGCCGCGCCUGGCCUCGCCCUCCUCCUGCGGGCCGGACGCCCCCGCCGAGCGCGCGCCCCGCCCGGGGGCCCGGGAGGGCCAGCCCGACGUGGUGCAGAGGAGCCACGCCCUGGUGUACCCCGACAUCACCAACUUCCUGUCGGUGGAGUCGCGGGCGCGGCCGCACGGCUCCCGCUACAGCGAGAGCAACUUCAGCGUGGACGAGCAGGACCUGUCGCGCACCGAGUUCGACUCGUGCGACCAGUACUCCAUGGCGGCCGAGAAGGAUUCGGGCCGCUCCGACGUCUCGGACAUGGGCUCGGACAACUGCUCGCUGGCGGACGAGGAGCAGACGCCGCGGGACUGCCCGGGCCACCGCUCUCUCCGCACGGCCGCCCUGUCGCUCAAGCUGAUGAAGAACCAGGAGGCCGACAAGCAGAGCGCGCGCCUCUUCGUCCAGUCGCUGGCCGGGCUCCUCCCGCGCCUCCUGGGCCUCCCCUGCUGCGCCGACGUCGACGUCUCGCUCCAGAACUUCUCCUCCACCUUCUGCUCCGGCCUGCAGGCGGGCGGUAUCCACUCUCCAGGGUUCGAGGGCAGUGGGAACCUGAGCUGCCAGGCCCUGAUGAAUGCAGACGGACUGUACCUGGUGUCCUACUACGCCCUGCUACUCAACCUCAAGCUCUGCUGCAGCGACUACUACCGCAGGAAGCCUGCUCCUGUGCUGGUCAGCCUGAAGGAGUUUGUGCGGCAGAUCCAGAGCAGUGGAGUGCUGGUGGUUCUGUCCCAGGCCUGGAUCGAGGAGCUGUACCACCAGGUCCUGGAGAGGAACCUCCUGGGGGAGGCUGGAUAUUGGGGCACACCAGAAGAGCACUCACUGCCCCUCAUUAUUAUGCUGACAGAUAUUGACGGGCUGGGUAGCAGUGCUAUUGGGGGUCAGAUGAUCCGCCAGGCUUCAGCGCAGUCCCCGUUCUGCUGUGACAAGGGCGCCAGUGACACCCUCAUGGCAGGCAUGGUGUUUGCACGCUACAUCCUGACUGGCUGCUGGAAGAACCUGAUUGACACGCUGUCCACCCCUCUGACGGGGCGCAUGGCGGGCAGCUCCAAGGGCCUGGCCUUCAUCCUGGGGGCGGAGGGGGUGAAGGAGCAGAACCAGAGGGAACGGGACACCAUCUGCCUGAGCCUGGAUGGCCUGAGGAAGGCUGCCGGGCUCAGCUGUGCCCUCGGUGUUGCAGCUAACUGCGCCUCUGCACUGGCCCAGAUGGCUGCAGCCUCCUGUGUGCAGGAGGAGAAGGAGGAAAAGGAGGUGGAGACCGGGGAUGCCAUCGCACAGGGUACAGCACUGACUACACACACAGCACAGACACUGACUACAUACACAGCACAGACACCGACUACACACACAGCACAGACACCGAGUACACACACAGCACAGACACUGACUGCACACACAGCACAGACACCGAGUACACACACAGCACAGACACUGACUGCACACACAGCACAGACACCGAGUACACACACAGCACAGACACUGACUGCACACACAGCACAGACACCGACUGCACACACAGCACAGACACUGACUGCACAGGGAACAGCACAGACACCGACUGCACAGAGUACAGCACAGACAUUGACUGCACCGGGAACAGCACAGACACUGACUGCACCGGGAACAGCACAGACACUGACUGCACUGGUAACAGCACAGACACUGACUGCACACACAGCACAGACACUGACUGCACACACAGCACAGACACUGACUGCACAGGCUGCGUCGGCGGGUGGAGCUGCUGUGUGGUGUUUUUCUGGUGGAGCUGCUGUGUGGUGUUUUGCAGUGAAGCAGAAGGUGGAGCAGAAGCUGGAGCAGAUGGGGCGCCCCCAGGGGGUGCGUCUGCACACGGCUCACAUGCUCUGCAUGGACGCCAUCCUCAACGUGGGGCUGGAGAUGGGCAGCCACAACGAGGACUGCUGGCCCCACGUGUUCAGGGUUAGCGAGUACGUCAGCUCCCUGGAGCACACCCACUUCAGUGACGGGGGCUCGCAGCCGCCCCUGGCCAUCACUCAGACCCAGCAGGCAGUGGACCUGGGCCUGGAGCUGAGCGGGGACUCCAGCCCGGAGCGGGACCUGGGCAUCAGCCACCCCGUCAUCCAGCCCCUGUCCAUCCAGGAGCUGCUGAAGGAGUCCGGCCGGGGCAAGGCCUUCGACCUGCGGGGCGGGAGUCUGCUGGGCGGGGCCGGAGCCGCCAAGGCUGUGUGCACCCUCUCCGCCCAGGCUGACCGGCUGUUUGAAGAGUCGGCCAGUAAGCUGAACCUGGUGGGACUGGUGGGGUUCCUGCACCAACUGAGGAAGGCCUCCCAGUCUCAGCUCUUCGACUCGGUCACCGAGACGGGGGACUACUCUUUAGCCAUGCCAGGGGAGGCAAAGUCCACGCAGGACCGGCGCAGUGCCCUGCACCUCUUCCGCCUGGGAGAGGCCAUGCUCCGCAUUGUGAGGAACAAGACCCGCCCCCUCCUGCACAUGAUGAGGGCCUGGAGCGUGGUGGCGCCCCACCUGGUGGAGGCCGCCUGCCACAAAGAGCGCCACGUAUCCCAGAAGGCCGUGUCCUUCAUCCACGACGUGCUGACGGAGGUGCUGACCAGCUGGGCGGAGCUUCCCCACUUCCACUUCAAUGAGGCGCUGUUCCGCCCGUUUGAGCACAUCAUGCAGCUGGAGCUGUGUGACGAGGACGUGCAGGAUCAGGUGAUCACCUCCAUCGGGGAGCUGGUGGAGAUGUGCUCUCCCCAGAUCCAGUCGGGCUGGAGGCCCCUGUUCAGCGCCCUCCGCACCGUGCACGGGAACAAGACGGACAUGAAGGACUACCUGGUGGGCGAGUACUCCAUGGGGAAGUCCCAGGCUCCGGUGUUCGACGUUUUCGAAGCCUUCAUCAGUACGGACAACAUUCAGGUGUUUGCCAACGCAGCCACCGACUACAUCAUGUGCCUUAUGAAGUUUGUCAAGGGUUUAGGAGAAGUGGACUAUAAGGAGAUUGGCGACUGUGUCCAUGGAACUGGAUAUAGCUCCACGGACCUGUGCCUUCCUGCCCUGGACUACCUGAGGAAGUGCUCGCAGCUGCUUACCAAAAUCUACAAGAUGCCUUGCAAGCCGGUGUUCCUGGGUGCGCGGCUGGCCAGCCUGCCCAUGAGGGCCCAGGAGAGGUCUGUGAGCAGCGACGAUGGCAUGGACUCCAUCCUGGGAGAGUUCGAUGAUGACACCGGCCUGAUACAGGUGUGGACUCUACUCCUGGAGCAGCUGACUGCAGCCGUGUCCAACUGCCCCCGCCAGCACCAACCGCCCACCCUGGAGCUGCUGUUCGAGCUCCUCAGAGAGGUCACCAAAAUCCCCGGGCCAGGCUUUGCCAUAUUCUCUGUGAUCCAGCUGCUGCUCCCGGUGAUGUCACUCUGGUUGCAGCGUAGUCAUGGUGACCACUCCUACUGGGAUAUCGCAGCUGCCAAUUUCAAGCAUGCCAUUGGCUUGUCCUGUGAGCUGGUGGUUGAGCACAUCCACAGCUUCAUUCACUCAGAUAUUGGCUAUGAGAGCUUAAUCAACCUGAUGCUGAAGGACCUGUUCAAGCUGCUGGUGGCGGCUGUGUCUGAGCCUGCAGAGACCAUCUCCAGAGUGGGCUGCUCCUGUAUCAGGUAUGUGCUGGUGACAGCAGGUCCCGUGUUCACGGAGGAGAUGUGGAGGCUGGCCUGCUGUGCACUGCAGGAUGCUUUCUCCACCACCCUGGAGCCUGUGAAGAACCUGCUGGCCUGUUUCCACAGCGGCUCCGACAGCUUCCCGGGGGACGCCUGUGAGGUGAAGGUUGCAGCUCCCUCACACUCCGCUUCAGCCGAGGCCGAGUACUGGAGGAUCCGCGCCAUGGCCCAGCAGGUCUUCAUGCUGGACACUCAGUGUUCCCCAAAAACCCCCAACAACAAGGAUGGCUUUGAGCACGCUCAGUCCUGCGUUCUCAUCAUCGAGCUGCCCCAAGACCAACAGUCCAACGGGCACACGCAAAAGAGAAUCCCCUUCAGGACCAUCGUGGUGAGCUUGCUGUCGCACCAGGUCCUGCUGCAGAACCUGUACGAUAUCCUGCUGGAGGAGUUUGUGAAGAGCUCCGGCCCGCCGGAGUCCCAGGAGAAGACCACGCCCGUGUCGGAGCCCAAGCCCACGGGCUUCCUGCGCUACAUCUCCAUGCAGAACCUGGCCAUCAUCUUCGACCUGCUGCUGGACUCGUACCGCACCGCCCGCGACUUCGACACCCGGCCCGGCCUCAAGUACCUGCUCAUGAAGGUGUCGGGGGUCUGCGGCGCCGCCAACCUCUACCGCCAGUCCGCCAUGAGCUUCAACCUGUACUUCCAGGCGCUGCUGUGCGCCGUGCUGACCAACCAGGAGAGCAUCACUGCCGAGCAGGUGAAGAGGAUCCUGUACGAGGACGAGGAGGGCACCAGCGACUCCUCCCAGCAGUGCUCCUCCGAGGACGAGGACAUCUUCGAGGAGACGGCGCAGGUCAGCCCGCCGCGGGGCAAGGAGAAGCGGCAGUGGAGGACCAAGAUCCCCUCCCUGAGCGUCCAGCCGGUCAGCAGCGCCGACUGGGCCUGGCUGGUGCACCGGCUCCACAAGCUGUGCAUGGACCUCUGCAACAACUACAUCCAGAUGCACCUGGACCUGGAGAGCAGCCUGGAGGAGCCCCCCGUCCUGAUGAGGGGGGACCCUCUCUUCUUCCUCCCGCUGUUCCCUUCGGAGACCUCCACGCCAUCCACGGGGGGGCUGUCGGGGAAGGGCACGCCCUCCGAGGACGGGUUCCGGGUCCACCUCGCCGAGACGCCCUCCGAGGAGGCCCCCAGCCCGGGGCCCCCGGGCGGCAGGGGGGGGAGGGACGCGGGGCGGAAGAAGGAGUGGUGGGAGACGGCCGGGAACAAGCUGUACACCAUUGCCACCGACAAGACCAAGCUGAUGAUCGAGUACAAGAGGAGGAAGCAGCAGCACAACCUGGCCAGCUUUGGGAAGGAGGCCAAGGCCGGGGAGAAGAGGGCCGACCCCGUGACCCUGCGGGGGCCCGACUCCCCGCUGCCCCAGAGGCCCCAGCAGCUGGUGGAUCAGGGGCCCAUGCGGCACUCCUUCAGCGCGGGGCCGGAGGUGCUGCGGCAGGAGAAGAGGCCCCGCUCAGGCUCCACUGCCAGCUCUCACAACAUCUCGCUCAGAGACUCGGAGGCACAGAUACAGGCGUGGACCAACAUGGUCCUGACCAUUCUGAACCAGGUGCAGCUCCUCCCCGACCCCACCUUCGUGGCCCUCCUGCCAGCGGUGUUUCCCUGCAUCAGUCAGCUGACGUGUCACGUGACCGAUGUCCGGGUUCGGCAGGCCGUGCGGGAGUGGCUGGGUCGCGUAGGCAGAGUGUACGACAUCAUCCUGUGAGAAGCUGUCUGUGUGGGCUCACUGCACACCCCAGACUCUGAAUAAACCGGGUUUCAGGUGUUUGGCUGAAUCCGGACUCUGAAUAAACCGGGUUUCAGGUGUUUGGCUGAAUCCAGACGCUGAAUAAACCAGGUUUCAGGUGUUUGGCUGAAUCCAGACUCUGAAUAAACCAGGUUUCAGGUGUUUGGCUGAAUCCAGACUCUGAAUAAACCAGGUUUCAGGUGUUUGGCUGACUUCUGGCUGACUGUUCAUUUUAAUCAUGCCUUGGUGUAUUUGUCAUUGCUACGCUCUGAAAUCUCACAAAUAAUAGUUUUUCAUUUAUCCACACGCAUAACCGCAUAUUUAAUCAUAUUUACUGUUAUACCCAUAUGUUAAAUAUUUAUUACAUUUGGCCCAAGAAUUCUUCACCGUAUUAUACGGAAAAUAAAUGUUUUUAAUUUAUUUUGUGUUUUGAUGUAACAUUCUCAAAAAUCUGACAUGUUGUGCCAUAUGACAUUGACAAAUUUGUACUUUGAAAAUGUUUUCAUUUUUGAAUUUAUGUUAUGUUAUCACAUGCUUAAGCUUGUGUUAAGCGUGUUUACACAAUCGGCAUAUGUGGAUUAAGGCAUUGUGCAGAUGUUGGUGGAUUUCUCAAACCCUAAACUAUGUUUUCACAUUCCAGUAGUCUGGUGGCAUCUUGUUAAGUCAGUAAAACUGCAUCACAUAGGGGAAUGUGAGGGAAACUGUAUAAUAGUGAUAAGACCCCAUGUCACCCUGAUCCUUGGCCACAGUGUCUCACCUAUAUUUAAUUAGCUGUUAACUGGCGCUUGCAGGUAAAGGCAAUUAUUGCACUGUGGAAUAUUAGUUAAUAUUAGUGAUUGCCAAGUUACUAUUAUCGCUGAUGGCUCAGUUUGUUUUAGUGAUCGCCGAGAACUUGCCAAACUGUUUCUGAAGGAAAAACAGUAAUUCUUGCUUUGAAUUAUUGGUCCAAUUUUUUUUAAUUUUUUUUAAUUAUGUUGAUUGAAUCCAAGCCACUGUUGUGAAAUGGCUCUCCAUAUUUCCCAUAACCUCUAAGGGAGAACUGGUAGGAAGGAAAAACCUGGGAUGGUAAGAUUGCACAUCUUUUAAUUACAAAGUUUAAAACACCCAUUAGUAUAUUUUUUUUGGUUGGGUGCCUAGGAUUAUUGGAAUUGUGCAAAACAUAAAACAACUAUUUUGAAAAGGAAUAUUUUCCCCAUCAUUUACAAGCCACAGUAAUAAAUAUGCAGUACUAACCUAUUAUAACCUAAUCUUCAUCGAUUAUAGUCUAAUCUGCUAUACCAACCUGAUAUAGUCUAAUCUGGAGUGUCAACCUACCAUAUAAAUCUAUAAAAAAUGACUCGACUUUUUUCUUUUUUGGAUAGUUUUAAAUGAUAUAUUGAUAUAAAACUUGAAUUCUGCCUUUAGAGAUGAAAGCAUAAAGUUCAGUAUUUUAAUACACCUGACAUUUGAACUGGUGUCUCACAAUUUAAUGAAAGCAUCUCUGGCAAUAAUGUAAAAAACAGGAAAUGUAGUUUAAGACAAGUGCAUCAUCAUGGUCUGGGAUUACAAGAGACACAUAACUGCUGAGAUUGAUGUAACCAGUUUGUUAGAUUGUCAGAUUAAACCAGUAUUGCCACUAUUGAGCAUACACAAAGCUGCAUAAAUGUUUGGAAAUACAACAAGGUACAUUAAUUAAUUGUAGAAACGUAUCAUGAAUUAUUUUAAUGUUUGGAAUGAGCGUUGUGCCUUCAUAUUUGAAAGAGACAUAUAUUUCAGGAAUACAGAUAACAUUUACAGUAAGACAAUGGGGACUGUAGGCAUGAAGGUUAGACGUGGAAUGUAGCAUGGUAUUCUGGUUUGUUUUGUAUGUUAUUAUGGCCCUAAUUAGAUCGCCAUGGAAAUGCGGAAUUCCGGUUUCUCAAUUCCAAUGAGGACCCGAUUGACACUCUUUCAUUGUGCUGUACAGUACCGUCCAGAAACUCAGAACCUUGAAGUGUAAUUUUCCAACAUAACAUACUGUAAAUUCCCCACAAAUGACCUGGGAUAGAAAUGCCACCGGAUUUGUUUGGGCAAGAGCUUGUUACUUGGAGCCGUCCAUGUAAAUAUGGAGUGCGUUUGCUAUGCAGAUUUGUUUCUCAAACCAAACUAGACUUCAGCGCAACCUGUGGAUGCAGGACUUGAAUGUAAAAAUCAUACUUGUGAAUACUUACUUUCCUCAUAGUAACAACAUCCUCUCAAAACAGGAUUAUACACUCAGUGACCACUUUAUUCAGUAGACCUGUACACCAGCGUGUUAAUGCAAAUAUUUAAUCAGCCAAUCAUUUGGCAGCAACUAAAUUCAUAAAAGCAUGCGUACAUGGUCGAGGUUCAGCAGUUUGAGUAUCUCAGAAACUGCUGGAAUUUUCACACACAACAGUAUUGAGAGUUUGCAGAGAAUGGUGCAAAAAACAAAAAACAUACAGUGAGCAUACUGUGGGCAAAAAUGUGUUGUUAAUGAGAGAGGUCAGAGGAGAAGGGCGAGACUGGUCAAAGCUUACAGGAAGGUGACAGUAACGCGAAUAACCACACAUUACAACAGUGGUAUGCAGGGCAGAAUCUCUGAACAUACAAUGCGUCAAACUAAAAUGGAUAGGCUACAGCAGCAGAAGAUCAAUACGUCUAAAAAAUAAGUCUAAUAAAUACCUAAUGAAGUGCUCACUGAGUGUAUAUAUGUUCUGUUGCUUCUUUGAUUUUUUUUGUUUUGUUUGUUUCAUGUUCUUGGUGUUUAGUGUCGCAUCUUGGUGGGAAAGGACCAAAGACACGCCUGUAUGUAUGUAUGUGUGUAUGUACGUGUGUAUGUAUGUGUGUAUGUAUGACCCUGCUUAAGUGCAUUUAUUUGGAUCCAGACUGAAGACAUUUCAGGGUGAAGGGGGAAUAUUUGUUUCCACAUAAUGGUGUAGUAAUAUUCCCAUCCACCAGCAGGAAUCAGUGGGUGUGGCUUUUUUCAGCUGUUUUCUUUUGUUAGCAGUAAAUAGUAAAUACAGGGCUGAGGCCACAAUGAUCUCUGCAUCUACUCAUAUCUAUAUUUUUGUUGUGUUAUUCCACUAAGCUUUAAUUGAAUUGCCAACAGCUCAGUUUAGAAAUCCACGUUUACCGUUUUAUAUCCCAAAAACCACAGCAGGUAUACAUGUAUACAAGGGAUACCAUGAAUCAUGGUUAAAAUUAAAGGCACAAAAUAGACUUUCCUUCCCUAAGAAGGAUCAUCAAUAAAAGCACAUGAAAUCAACAAAUAAUUGUGCCAAGUGAAAAUUGGAUAGUGAGAUGGUGGAGAGAUGGUGCGAUGAAGUUUGGGAAUAUCACCAUAGAUGUAACCUGGUCAUUUUGCACUUGUGUAGACUGUCAAAGUCAAGCUCAAAAGCAUCUCCAGCCAUUCCAUUCAGACUACCGUAUUUUAUAGUGUUAGUUUGUUUUUGCUGUGGCAAAUAUUAUUUGUUAUAUUAUCUGUUUUGUCAUGCAGGAACCAAAUUGUUAAUUUGACUGAAUGUCUUAUUUCAACAUCAUAUUAAUGUCAGCAAACCACACAAGAUGUUUAUGUGCACAUAUUUUAUAAAUAGGACUUUAAGUGGCAAUGUGACGUACGAGCUGGAGUGCUUCAGUGAAAUGGCACAAAGUAGAGACGCUUUGCUACCAAAGCCAGCACCUUGUGGAGUAAUUUUAAAAGCUUUCUGCCUUUGAUACAUAUUUUGGAAUGACCAUUAAUGUUACUAUUCUGUUUCAGCUAAAUCCACUUGCAAAUGUAAUUUGUCUCAGACUGAUAAAUAUAUAUAUGUAUAUGUAUACAUAAUCUAUAUAUUCUGAAGUGUUUCCCAAAUUGCAAUUUAUGUGAAUGUGUAGUAGAAUAAAUAAGCAAACAAA